GCGGUAAUCCGCCGCUGACGCUGGUGAAGGCAAGACCCUCGGCGCCUCGCUCCCGCCGCCUCGGAAAGCGCCGUCACGACUUGGAACUCGGCUGUUGUCGACUCUGACGCGGUUUAGGGAGUGUUACUGGAAGGGCGAAGGACUUUGGAACGUGGCGAAAGGAAGAGGGAAAUAGGCCGAAAGCGAUGCAUACACAGGGCGUGAGUGACUGAUUGAUAGGUCCCAGCCAGUCGGUGUCUAAAUCCCGUUGUAAACACGCGCCGCAGCAUCAGUCGGGAAGCAAAACUUGUGCGGAAUGUGCACUCGAAUUUGCUGAAUCAGUGAGUGUCGGUCCCCCUUCAGAACUAUAAUUUUCCCACCUGCAGUUAGUCGGCAGCCGCGUCUCCCACACUGCCUAGAAGACACAGUGCUCAAGGAAAUUUUGGAACCAGAAGAAACUCCGUGAUUUUUAUCGGAAUCCUGACAGUGGAAAACAGAGUCGGUGCAUAGAAGGGAAUUAACGUGAGCGUGUGAGUGUGACUUGCCAUUUAGCGUUCGAGAUUAAUUUUGAAAGAAAUCGGUUAUUGAACCAAACCUAGCGGUUCGUGCUCAGAACGACGUUAGGUUUAACACUGAACUCCAGGUGUACCAAAGAAAAAAAAACAAACAUCAGUGCGGAGAGAUACACAUCUCACUCGAUUGUAAAACCCAGGUGCUGUAGAGUGCAGUACACAACACAAGUCAUCCGCAUGUAUCCUAUAGCACUUUGCUACAUGGAUAUUGUAACAGCAAUGCCGGUCACCUGUUACCCAAUCAGAGACUUCACAGAACCACCGCUGAACCGGUUCACGCGACGGAAGUCAGUGUUCGCGGAGGCCUAUGACCCAGAGGAGGACGACGACGACGGAGAGAGGAUCAUUCACGCCAAAUCGGACGAGCAGAGACAGAGGUUGUCCGAAUCCGUCAAAAACAUCUUCCUCUUCAGAUCCCUCGACCAUGAUCAAAUGGGCGAGGUGCUGGACGCAAUGUUCGAGAGGAAGGUGACUGCAGGGGAAAAUGUCAUCAAGCAAGGCGACGAUGGAGAUAACUUUUAUGUUAUAGAAUCGGGCGUCUUCAAUAUCUAUGUGAAGACUGAUAGUGACUCAGAACCACGAUUAGUCGGGAAGUAUGACAACGCAGGUAGCUUUGGAGAACUGGCACUAAUGUACAACCUGCCCCGAGCUGCCACUAUCCAAGCUGUAACCCCAGGAGCUCUGUGGGCCAUGGAUCGCCAGACCUUCAGGAGGAUUCUGCUCAAGUCUGCCUGUAAGAAGAGGAAAAUGUAUGAGUCCCUCCUUGAGAAUGUGCCCAUGCUGAAAACCCUGGAGAAAUAUGAAAGGAUGAAUCUGGCUGAUGCCCUGGUGCCAAAGGUGUACAGUCCAGGUGAGCAGAUUAUCAUGCAAGGAGACUCGGCAGAUGGCAUGUACUUCCUUGAGGAUGGCACUGUGCGCAUCACCAUGACCAACUCAGAAAACCAGGAGAAGGAGAUCAGUCGAGUUUCAGUUGGUGGCUAUUUUGGGGAGCUUGCUCUGGUGACCAAGAAGGCACGAGCAGCUUCAGUGUAUGCAUGUGGGAAAGCCAAACUUGCUUUCCUUGAUGUGGAAGCCUUCGAGCGCCUCCUUGGACCUUGCAUGGAUCUGAUGAAGCGUAAUAUCGAAGAUUAUGAAAACGAACUCCUUAGGAUCUUUGGCUCGAAGGCUAACAUCUCUGACAUCCGAUGAAGAACCUCCUCCAUUUCGUAGCUCACUCGACGGUCACCCAUGUUAAUGCGUCUGAGGGUGGUAGGUGAUGGAAAGGGGGAAAGGGUUAGGGGGGAUAUCUCCUCAUCCAUCCUAAACCAAGGUGAAAAUGAUGACCAAGAAAAUUGUGAAGGAGAUAUAUGAUGAUUCUGAAGAUGAUAUAAGGAGGAAUUUGAGAAAAAUAGAAGAAAAGAAUGAAUAUAUAACUAAAAAAGAUGAUAGUUGUAACCAUGUAGCUCAUGUUAGCUUGGGAUUCCUUAGUUUUCAUGCCUUUUGGCCUAAGUGAACAUAGAGGUUUAUUAAUAUCUCCUCUCUGUUUGUGAAUGGCUGUUCUCUCUUUCCAGUAAAGCAAACUGACUUUCUGUUCUUAUUUUUCCCCAGCUGAUUGAAAUGAAAAAAUUACUUGAUUUGGGUGAUUAGAACAUGUUUUCCUGUUUGGCAGUGCUAUAUGUUAUUUUUGUUUUUAAUGAUUAUGAAUUUAUAUUACCAUUGGAUCCUUGGCUGUCAUAUGUGUUAAUAUAUUGUUUCCCCUGUAAAAGAAUGCAAUUUUAAUUCUAAAUUCCAUAAUACAGUUUCCAUAGAUGGGACACCUCAGUCAUAUAGAGAAAUCUAUAUAUAUAUAUGAAUAUAUACAUUACAUAAAUUAUAUACACACAAUCUAAAAUUGCACCUCAGAAACCUUUGUAAAUUACCAAGAGCUUCCUUAGGUGCAAGUUUUUGACAUUUUAUGUUAUAAUGAUUUUCCUUUUUUUACCUCUAGCCUUGAGGUUGUCCCCUAUUCUUGAUUUUUUUUCCAUUUGACAAAUGAGAAAAUAUAUACAUAAAUAAAAAGAAAAAAGAAAAAAAAAUAGUUCUUCUAUUCUAAGAAGGAAUUAUUGUCAUUCUUACCUGUGGUUAUCUGUUAACAUUUAUGUAGAUUACUGUAAUUUUGUCUAGUGUAUAGAACUUGUGUUCUCUCCUCUAUUUUAAUUCAUGUUGGUGAACUCCAAGUCCCUGUAAAUUCUUGUGUGAUUUUUUGCCCUUUGAGAGGUGCUACACUUAAGAAUUAUACAUAUAUCAAAACUAUUAUUAUGUCUGGCCUAUAAUGUACUUUUUUAAAAACCAGCAUACUUUCAUAAAUUUUGUGGGGCCAAAAAAAAACAAAAAAAAAAAAAAAAAAAAAAAAGAAAGUGAGAAUGGACAAGAAAAAAACAAAAAUAUAAGUAAAAUUGUGUAAUAGCUAUAUCUUUCUCUAUAUUUUUUCCACGUUACUUAAGUUCACAUUAAGAAAGAAAAGAGGCCUUUUGUUUCAAUGGUUCGGGUGGUUAUGUGUAACUGAGAAAAAGAAGAAAAAAAAAAUUAUAUAUGUGCCUCGUCUUUAAUUUCUCAGGAUUUACGUUAUUUUCCAAAAUCAUUUUUUAGUCCCCUGCAUCAUAGUCUGUAGAUAAUUAAAUGUACCCCAGUAAAAUGGUAGAGUC